AUCAUUUAUGUCUACGUUUUUUUCAGAAACAGUGGAAGACGUAUAUGCGUGGAAAUGAUGAGCAAAUAUCUAUCGCACAUCACAUCAUUGUUUUAUAGUCUUGUAUUGCCGAGGAAAGCCAAACUAGCGUUCCCAUCGAAAAGUACACCAGAACGACACCGUACAGGCGAAGCAGGUCUGAAAACCCUAUUUCACUCAGAAUUAAAACCACCCACGAGAGUCGUUCAUCGCUGCACAACACAAGAAGCCGCGGAAUCAGAACCGUCAUCACCACCACCUCCGACGAUAUCAAGGAUGUGGGCACCGGCCUCGGGGGCGUUCCGAACGACAAUGAUGGGGGACGUCAUCGGAACGGAGAGCGGGGACUGCAUGAUAACCUACAUGGAGGAAUUAGUGGAACCUGAGUCUCCGAUUUUGAUGAUGAGGUGCAGAGAGAAGAGUGCGAAAAGGAAGAGGCAGUUGCCACCGCCAUUAACGUUGAUGGCGGAAACGAGAGAAAUGCCUUGGGCUUUCACGAGGGAAUGUGACGGUGACGGAAGGUUGAUCGUAACGGCGGAGAGAGUGAGGCGUGGACGCGAGCACUGCAUUAUGGAGGUUCGAACAGAAGAUGAAAGAGUGACGAUGAGGUUAGUCCCUGAAGACAACGAUUGCUGCGAACUGUGUUGUUACCCUAUCGACGACGACGUCGACGACGACGACGACGACGACGGAGAGGUGCAAUUUAACGAAGGGUUCAAGAUUGAAGAGCGUGGUCUUGAAUUUGUGGAAGAGUUGGCGAAGAAAGUUUCGAGUGAAAGUGAGCGAUGUGGGGAUUUACGUGAGUGUAUCAGUCUCAAUUCUUAUGCUUCUGGGCCUGGUUGGUUGCUUCAACCUCACAUUUCAGAUUCUUUUCCAGACAUUUACUUGGGCCAGCCCGCAUCUGCUCCAAUAAGGCCCAUGACCCCUUGUAGACGUUUAUGUGGACAAUUUCUUUCUGGAACUGCUACAUUUGUUGAAAAACCAUGCGAAGCUACGAAUCGUAGUUUGACCUUUGUUUAGAAUAUAACUAUAUAAUAUAUACCCUUUAUAUUACUUUCUUAAGCACCCAACGAAAAAUGAGUCAAUU